AUGGUUCAAUCACUGGUUCAAAAUCGACUUGUAUUAAAACUUGUUCGUGAUUUAUUAACUAUUGUUGAAACAGCUCUACUUAAAGUUUAUUUAAUUGAUCAUAAUAAUACAUUAGCUAAUGCAUUAUUACGUAAUCAAGAUAAUUGUUGCUUGCCAACAGAAGUUGAAAAGGAACUUAUGAAACAUCAUCGUCGUCAAGAAUUAGUUUCAUUUUAUGAAAAACAAAAUCGACAUAGUGAAGCAUUAGAAGUAAUUAAAAAUACAGACUCAUUAUCAACACGUCAAAAUAUUCUUAAUUAUUUAUCUAAACUUGAUAAUAAUCAAUUACCACUAAUUUUUAAAUAUAUUAAACCAAUGAUAAAGUCUGCUUUAGAAGAAACAAAGAAUGAAAAUAUUCUUCAUGAUAAUGCACGAUGCAAAAGUCUUUGGAAAAAUGUCAAACAGUGUUAG